AUGCUGGCAAGCGCGCUCCUGUUCAACUUCGGCUGGUUGCCAUCCGACCCACCACCGGGGGGCAAUGAGCAGAAAGCGAUCGAUGCAGCGAUCGGAGAAUACAGACGUCGCGGCUGCAAUGCAGCACGGACGGCGUGGAGCUUUCAGGAUCAGCACCGCUGGGCAGCCGCGCAUCUGCGCGCAUGCCAAAAAAAAAACAUGACCGAACUGGACGACUACGGCGUCUAUGCGCACCAACUGCCCUCCAAGGGCAAGGACGGGGAGCCGGCCCAAAUGCCUGAGUUUGUCAUUGCCUAUGAGAAGUCGCUCCAGUCCCAAGCAGGCAGUGACGGGAAUGCGGCAGCGCAGGAGGAGUGA